GCUAGUUUUUGAGCUUCAUACGUUUCCACUACUUGAAAUAUUAAUUUCAGAUUGAGAAAAUUGGUAAGACAGUUUGUUCAUAUACACGUAAUAAUUCAAACUGUUUUUACGGACCUACGGUAACUGUUUGCUGCUCUUGGCGAAUUGGCGGACUGACCCUCGAAAUGGAUAUUAGCUAGAUAGCUAACUGCCGAAAAGCAACUUGCUACGUAAGCUAGUAAAAGAAGUUUUCUACUUUGUUUCCACUUUAGAAAUCACCGCGUUUAAUUAAUGUGUUCACGUGUUGCCGGUUUUUUGUUCGGUGACCAGCUAGUUUUUUCCAAAGGAUCGAACUUAACGAAAAAUAGCUUCUAGAGGAGGGAAAGGAGCCAUCUCCUUGUCUCUUCUUGGUCAUUAUGCUGUCGAACGCACAGAAUCAGCCGGUGUUCCCGAACCAACAACAGCAAGCCCUGCAACAACAGAACCUCGCUCAGUUUCAUGUAAAACCCACAGUACAAAUAAAGAAGAAUGCGAUAACUGAUGAUUACAAGGUCACAGGUCAUGUCCUUGGCCUUGGCAUCAAUGGGAAGGUUUUGGAAAUCUUUCAGAAGAAAACUGGAGAGAAGUAUGCCUUAAAGAUGCUUCAAGACUGUCCUAAAGCCAGACGAGAGGUGGAGCUUCACUGGCGAGCGUCACCCUGUUCACACAUUGUCCGCAUUGUUGAUGUCUACGAGAAUCUUUACCAGGGCAGAAAGUGCUUGCUCAUCGUUAUGGAAUGUAUGGAUGGAGGAGAACUCUUUAGUCGGAUUCAGGACAGAGGAGACCAGGCCUUCACUGAAAGAGAAGCCUCGGAAAUCAUGAAGAGCAUAGGAGAGGCCAUCCAGUUUUUGCAUGCCACAAACAUCGCACACAGGGAUGUCAAGCCAGAGAACCUCUUGUAUACCUCCAAAAGGCCCAAUGCCGUCCUCAAACUGACAGAUUUUGGGUUUGCAAAGGAGACCACUUCACACAAUUCCCUGGCUACCCCAUGCUACACUCCCUAUUAUGUUGCUCCUGAGGUUCUUGGUCCAGAAAAGUAUGACAAGUCUUGUGACAUGUGGUCUUUGGGUGUCAUCAUGUAUAUUCUGCUCUGUGGCUACCCACCUUUCUAUUCCAACCAUGGAUUAGCUAUAUCCCCAGGGAUGAAGAGGCGAAUCCGUAUGGGACAGUACGAGUUUCCGAACCCGGAGUGGUCAGAGGUCUCAGAAGAAGCCAAGCAGCUGAUCAGAACAUUGCUGAAAACAGAGCCUACAGAGAGGAUGACCAUUACAGAGUUCAUGAAUCACCCCUGGAUCAAUCAGUCAAUGGAAGUUCCCCAGACCCCACUCCACACAAGCCGUGUGCUGAAAGAAGAGAAAGAUGUUUGGGAAGAGGUCAAGGAGGAAAUGACCAGUGCCUUGGCGACAAUGAGGGUAGACUAUGAACAGAUCAAAAUCAAGACCAUUGAAGACUCCUCCAAUCCACUGCUGAUGAAGAGACGGAAGAAAGCAGGGGCUGUGGCCACAGACACACAGACACCUGCCCUCUGAAGACCUAUGCACCACACAGAGAAGUUCUACGCAUACCUUAAAGGCUAUAUAAAGAAAGCAAUAAUUCAACAGAAUGGGCAAGUUGGAGUGCAUGGAGUUCAUUUCGAAUUUGGAGAGGUUUUUUUG